GAGCGGCGUGCGCCUGGCGAGACAAAGGCGGCGGACCGACCGGGGUCAGGCAGCAGCAGAGAGAGAGAGAGAGAGAGAGAGAGAGAGAGAGAGAGAGAGCGAGAGAGAGAGAGCGAGAGAGCGCCAAUGUGUGUGUUUUAACUAAAAGGUAACUGCUAACCUUGGAUUUCAGCUGCCGUCCUCCUGACGGUACGCAGAAUGAAGAUCCAGUGACACACCCAGGAAUACGCUUCGACUCUCCAGAAAGAGACAAAAAAACAACAACAGUGUUCUCUCUUCGGCGUUGAACGUUUUUCUCCUACGCCCCCCGUUUGGCGUGCUAGUUAGCUCCCCCGCUAGCGCCCUAGCACCGCACAGGUCUGCUUCUGGCUGCUUCUCAUCUUUCCCUCGAAAAACUGGGCGUCAAGCGAAGACAGAAUCUCGUCGACAAAAAGAGGGUGAGCUCACUCCCAUUAGGCAUCUGCGAUCUGAUGUGAGAUCCACGGAGAGACUAUGCCUAGCCCUUUAUUCCACCCCGAGAUUAUGGACCACGACGUGGUGAUCAGCAGCCAGCACAACGGGGUCGGUCUGUCCCGAGAGACGGACCACGAGUCCCGGGAAGAGGACCACCAAGAGGCGCUUCGCUUCGCCCUGGACCAGCUGUCACUCAUGGCCCUGGAGAAGGUGGACUGUGUGGGCGGCGGGCUCGUGGACACUCUGGAUGUGACCCAGGGUCCGGGUUCCGAGGGAUGCAACGGUGUGGGCUACGUGGACCUACAGAUGCUGGAGCAUCCCAACGGGUCCCAGGACUCGCCGUCGUCUUGUUCUCCAUCCCCGGAGUACUACGGCACGGGCGGGUACCACAUGGCCAGCUCGCACCCCAUGCUCCACGGAGAACAAAGCUCCGUCCUCUGCAGCAGGAAAAGAAGUGUCAACAUGACCGAGUGUGUGCCCGUCCCCAGCUCCGAACAUGUGGCUGAAAUAGUGGGGAGACAAGGUUGUAAGAUAAAGGCUCUGCGUGCCAAAACAAAUACCUACAUAAAGACUCCAGUCCGAGGUGAGGAGCCCGUUUUCAUCGUGACGGGGCGCAGGGAGGACGUGGAGAUGGCCAAGCGUGAAAUUGUCUCUGCGGCUGAGCAUUUCUCUAUGAUCCGGGCAUCCCGCUGCAAAGCCGGAGGGCCUGGAGGAGGAGGAGGAGGAACAGCAGCAGCAGGAGCAGCAGCAGGCAGUGGCGGCGGCGGUGGCUCUCUUCCUGGACCACCACACUUACCUGGACAGACCACUAUACAGGUGAGGGUACCCUACCGAGUAGUUGGUUUAGUUGUUGGACCAAAAGGAGCAACUAUUAAGCGCAUCCAGCAGCAGACUCACACCUACAUCGUGACGCCUAGUAGAGAGAAAGACCCGGUGUUCGAGGUGACCGGCAUGCCGGAGAACGUGGACCGAGCGAGAGAGGAGAUCGAGACCCACAUCACCCUGCGAACUGGAACCUUUGUAGACCUGCAGGGAGACAAUGACUUCCACUCCAACGGCACCGAUGUCAGUCUAGAAGGCCUGGGCGCCCUGAGCGGAGGACUGGGGUCGUCUCUGUGGUCCCGGGCUUCUGGCCACCAUUCUGCACCCCCUCCUCCUCCGCCCUCCCCUCCUCCUCCUCCUAUUCCCAUGUCCAUGCAUCCCUCAUCUAACCGGAAGAUGUCGUCCUCAGUAGCCUAUCACACCCACAACGGCGGGAUGAGCUCGGACAACUUCAGCACCGGUCGCAAGGCCAACGAGGGAGGCAGCCCCACCAGCCCCUUUAGCACCACCUCCAGCAGCGCUGGAGGAGGAUUCACUUUUGGGGGCGACUCCACCCCAGGGCUGCCCUCCUCAGAGGAACUGGGCUUUGAGUUCAGUGCCGCUAACAUCUGGGCACCUUUCGUCAACGGUGGACCAGGCAAUAAGACGGCCGGCUCCGCCCAGCAGCAGCAGCCUCUACGUCGCAAUAGCAGCGGCCUCAGUGGCGGCGCCAUCACUCCACGAUUGUCUCCAACACUGCCUCAGGACACGGGCGUGGGCCCCCUGGAUCAUCCUCUGGCCCGUCGCGCACAGAGCGACCCCCUCAGCACUCUCUCCUGGUUGCAGUCUGGCAGCGCAGGAGGCGGCUCCUUCUCCGGAGCGUCUAGCUCCAGCUCCGGUGGGUCGUCGACCGGUUACUCCUCUUGCUCGGCCUCCUCCCUGCCCGGCGGCUCACCCACUGACUCCGAGGGAGGUAGCAGCGGCGUGGGCCUCAGUUCUGGGAUGCUGAGCCGGCUGAAAGGAAGCUCUGGCCCCGGGGUCCCGGGUCUCGUCGGAGUCGGCCCCGGGAUCAACAGGGACUGCUUUGUGUGUUUUGAGAGCGAGGUGACAGCGGCCCUGGUGCCUUGCGGCCACAACCUGUUCUGCAUGGAGUGCGCUGGGCAAAUCUGCCAGUCAGCUGACCCAGAGUGCCCCGUCUGCCACACCCCCACUACACAGUGCAUCCGCAUCUUCUCCUAAUGCCCUGGCUGGGGAGUGGGUUGGGGGCAGGAAGAAGACUGAAGUGGGGCUUUAGCUGUGGCAGAGGCAAUGGAAGGAUUCACACUAAUAACGUUCACACACACACAUGAUGGACCAUAAUAAAUGCAUAAUAGAGAUGACGAUACGAUACGGAUGUUGAUUUUUCUUUCGCUGGUAACUGUCAAGAUUAAUAAUAACAAUAAUAAUAAUAAUUACAAUGACUUAUUUUCCCGAGUGAAGCUAACUGAAACUGGAUCUUCAGACAGUUGGGGCUCAGUCUCUUGGUGGUGAACUUUUGGAAGGAAACUAGUGUCUUAUCUCUCUUCAGGCCUUCAUUUUGACCCGGAGCAGCCCGCCCUGCUGGCUGCCGGUCUGUCAUUUCUUCAUUCUGGCUUCUUCAGAUCUCUACCUGCUUUCUCUCUCUCACAGACUUUUUCCUUUUGACACUUUUGUACUUAACAGAUAUUUUUCAAUGGAGCCGUCAAUGAGGCCUGCAAUUUUUUACUCCUUAUUUUAAUGUCCUUGACAGGACGCAAACCGUUCCAACAACCCCCCCCCCCCCCCCCACUCCACCUUUGCUUCCUCAUCUUGCUCUCACUCACGGUUGCUAUUUUUCUGCAAGCUUGGAACUUUUUUUUUUAUAUAUAGGUCCACAUGUAGUCAGGCACCUAUCGGAGGAAUACACCGACGGACCCCUUGAGGAUGACUUCCUGUUUCUCUUCGCCACACACAAAUUAGCGACCGGUAACGUCAAAUGAAUGCUAUUAAUAGACUGAAAUUGAUCAAAUUCAAUAACAUGUCGGAUGAAUUUGGAUGCUCCACAUUUCAAAUGUGGCUGCUGCAUUAAUUCACAUUAAUUAUCCUUUUUAAUUAGGGAGAAGUGUAACAUUACUGAUACUAUGGGAAUGUUUGAGGUCAGUUCUCUGUACGUUUGGGCUGCCUGACAAUCCCUCCCCACGAUCCCACCUCUCUCUCUCUCUCGUAUGUGAAUAAUGCCCACUCAUGCUGUUUUCAUAUCCGCACCAUUAUGUGUCCUCGCCAUGAGAAGACCUGGUUUUUAGACCUUCUCACUCUCUCACUCUUGCUCCGAUCCGUCCACACCAGGACAUUUUCCUUUCACAUCCCGUCUGUUACACUCGGAUCGGCUCAUUUAGCAUUUUCUACUAGUUUUUGACUCGUGACUGUCGAGUGUGUCUCGCAGACAUAUUUUGAACUCUUAAGAUAAGAUGGGGCUUUUCUGAUAUCACACGUGAAUGUUUUUGUCCAAUAAGGUUACGGAGAGGCGGCCUCUCGGCCCCACACCAAACAAUAACAAGGGGCUCGAUAGAACAAUUUCUUUUCAUGCACUGUAACUCCGGGCCCCUCUAAAAAGAUAAGAAACAGCUCUUACUGUUUUUGUUUUGGUCUUCCACCCCGCUCUCACAGCCAAGCUGUAUGGCACUCUCUCAGAGGACUCGUACCCAUACAGCGCUGUCCUCCCGGCCAACCGUGGUGCACUAAAUGGUUAGUUUGAGCUUCGUCCUAUGUUUCCGAAGCAUUGCUGAGUAACUCCAGAUGAGGCGGUUGCAUCCUGUUUUGUGUUAGUGGUUUUUAAAGAAUUCAGUGUGAGUUUGCAGUAACCGCCUCUUAUAGUGUUAAAUACUGUACGUAUGACUUUGGGCGAUGGUACACGGUUUUUGUUUGUGGCCCUUUUUGUUUGUUUUUUUUUUUCUUUCUUUUUUUUUGAACAUGAAUCAGCUCAUUGAAUGAGACAAGCCAUGAAAACAGAAUUAAAACGACACAUCUAAUUCUCAAGGGCUUCCUCUGACCGCACAGACACACAAUCACAUGUUCAGGCUCACGCGCAGUAGGUAGAACUUUAUCCUUUAUGGCAGCUAGUAGCUAGGUCAUCCAGGGCUUCCAGACACUCUUUGUGUUCAAAUCCCAGCAGCUGCAGAAUGUUUUGCUUUUUUUUUUUUUUUUUUUUUUUUUUUAAAUCCAUUUUAUUUCCUAACUGUUCCUAUACAGUCUUCACAUUCGUAUCCUGUCAGUAGAGCAUAGGGCAUUGCAGUCAGUGUGUCCUGCUCUCUGGACAUAGUCUCAGAUCAGGGUGGGUUUUAAUAUCAAGGGGGGGAAAAAGGGUAGCUCUACUUGAGUAAAUAAUAUGUGAGUAUGGGCAGUUUCUGCUGUGCUUUAAGUUGCUCCAGCCAGUAGGAUGUUAAACUUAUUUGCUGUCUGACUGUUCAUUCAGUUAAGUGACGAGGGCAGCAGCAGCUGCACAGAGGAAUCUAAUAAGCCGCUGUCCUGUUGCAGUAAUGCACUAAUUCAUGUGUCCACAUGUGUAGGAAGAAAAAUCUGCCCGGGAGCUGAACCGGUAGUCUUUGUGAAGACUAUCCCAUGGUGCUUUGGUGCAACUCCCUACUGAAACACUGCGAUCAACAAACCCACUUAGUACUGGGAGAGUCGUGGUUCUCAAUCUAAACUUCUGCAGUCCACAGUAGACCCGACAACCCGGUUAUCAUUCCCGUCAAAACUGGCUCUGGUGUCAAACGUGGCAUCGCUUGAGCGCCCUCGGAUCAGAUGCAGGGCCGCGAACGCGUCCAAGUGAACAGAUCCGUCGAAGGCCGUCUCGUGAGUCUGAGGCCGAUCUUAAAGCGCAUUUUUCAAGUCGACGUGUUAAAGGAGUUAAGCGUGUUGUAUUUGCCAGAUGGGUCUAAUGUAAAUCCCGGUGUUGCACUGGGAUGUUUCUGGCCAAUAAGAGGAUGUUGGGGUUUAAUGUACAGUAGUUUCGUUGUUUAAAAGGUACAAAGUUUUUCAGAUUGACUGCUGAUUUUUAUUUUUUGAGCCAAACUCACCCCUCCCCCAUUUCCUCCCUAAAGGUUUGAAAACAGGGUUUCCUGAGGCAUGCUAGCCAGUGACCUCUGACCUUUUUUGUGAUUAGAGAGAGGGGGGGGGAUGCAAAGAGAGCCAUGCCAGUAAGGGGGGGGGGGGGGAGGACACCCCUUAAGCCGCCGCCGCUCUUCUAUUUUUGGCUUUAAUUCUUUGUAUGCAGAACCAAAAUGUAAAACGUGGACAAACUAGGUUUCAGGCCUGACCUGUGUGUGUAAAUACCCUGAGUACAAUCAUUGGGAUGUUGUUUUCAAAAGCAAAAUGACUCAAAUGAAGAUAAGUGUAGUUUCUAAAGAACAUGUAUAAUUAUUUGUAAGUUAACCAUCUGCAUGUCUUCAAGCCAUCUGGCAUUAGCUAAUAAUUUUUAAGAUUAAAAAAAACAAAAACUUUUUACACAUUUUAUUUUUUACAAUUUAUUUGCUUACCUAAAUAUCCCAGACAAUAAUGUGACCCUUUUUAUUACUUCAAAUUUAUUUUUAUUUUCCAUUUUUUUUAUUUUCCUUAUUUCCUGUGUACUACAUAUAGGCAAUUUAUAACAAAAUGAGAAUUAUUGAAGAAAUUUUAAAAUUGAAAUAUAUUUUAUUUGAAAGUUUAUGGACCUUUUAACCAAGAGCCGGAAAAAUUGUAUAAUCGUAUAAUUUGAGCUGACUUGACGGUUAUGAGAAAUGUAUCAAGAGUUUUAUUUUUUAUGCUUCUUUAAUAAAGUCUUGUUUUUGGUUUCAUUUUUUUACUGUAAAAUAAGUACUUGGUCUGGUGUCUUUAUUUGUUCUGUUCAGAGUGGAAAUGUGCUGCAGCCUGGUCAUCUGUGUCUUUGCCACAUGGUGGCAGUACACACACACACACACACACACACACACACACACCCCUGCAGCAGAUAAAAACAUGAAUGAAAUCUGCAGUUCAGGCAUGUUUGUGAAUCUAGAACAUUGGGAUGGGCCACUAUCAAACACUUCAAUAGAUUUAGGUGUAGCUUUGUGUUGUCUGGAGUAGUGCUAAAAUGGUCAGUCAACAGUAAAUUUAGCAUUUUAGUUUGUUUAAGGCCCUUAUCAAGCAAUUUGAUGCUUUUAAAAUGAGGAUUUGUUUUAUAUUGCUGUGGAUUAAAUAUCUUUAUACACAUAGUAAAACAAGUUAAGAAUGUCAGUUUGGAUUCUGGGACUUUCUAGUGGAAAUCUUUUCGGUCAUUUCACAAACUGAUAUAGAACUGAAACAAACAAAAGAAUCAAGACGAUGGACAGCAGAUUAAUUGGGAACUGUUUUUAAGCUUAUAUGUAAUUUUUCAGGCAAAAAUGUUGAAAGAUCAGUUUCUCAAUAUGACUUAGAAUUUGUGCUUUUCCUUUGACGAUUUUUGUAAACUGCAUAUGUGGUCAAAAAAAGUCAUUCUUUAGAAUGUCAAAAAUAGUCCUUAAAAAGUCAUAUGUCAAAAUAAUCAUGAAAAAGUCACAGUAUAGCAUGUUGAAAUCAUGAAAAACUUAUAGUAAAAAAGUGAUAGUAUAUUAUGUUGAAAAAAGUUGGGAAUGCAACAAAGAAAUGGGCACAGUUCUCUCUGCUCUGUGUGGUUGUUCCAUAGCACUGAUUCUUUGGAAGGUGGUAAUGAAGGUUUGGUUUCUUUAACCUCCAGCAGGUUUGAGCAUUACAGCUGGAACUUUAAAUAAACAGCGUUAGGUGUGAACAAAUAUUUGUUUUAGACUAAAUGCAACUGCGCUUUUUUUUGUUCCUCACCUCUGUUGACUGCUCAAACACCUGGUUCAACCUGAGUAAAGUGGUAGUGAGUAGUAGUCCCCUCCCCCAUGCACAGAGAGGUCAAAGGGCACGUUGAGAACAGACUGAAGUGCAGUGGAUGGUUUGUGUCAAUACAACACCCUGUUGUCUUCAUCUGCGAGGGUAAAGCAUCUGUCGAAACACCUUUUGAAACGUACACAUUUUCAUAACGAAGGCUCCUGUAAGUAUAUGUCAAACAUAUGUAUUCUGAGCUUCAACAAUUGAAUAAACACAUUCCCACACGUACAAAUCA